CUCAUCUUCCAACCUCUCUCUCUCUCUCUCUCUCUCUCUCUCUCUCUCUCAUUAUCAUCUCUGAUUAUAUGAAUUAAAGAUAGCUAAAGAACCUGACUUCAAAGCUUCCAUGGUUUUUCUCUGAGUGAAACGCGUGUAUAUAUCUUGGGGGUCAAUUUAGGGCAUCUUUUUCUAGGGUGGAUCAUAUAUAAUUUUUCAAAAGCGAUAUUAGUUAUAACAAAAAGAAAAAAGGGAAAUUAAAAAGAAGAAGAUGGGGAGGCAUUCAUGCUGUUACAAACAGAAGCUAAGGAAAGGCCUCUGGUCUCCUGAAGAAGACGAGAAGCUUCUUAGGUAUAUCACCAAGUACGGCCAUGGAUGUUGGAGCUCUGUCCCCAAACAAGCUGGUCUCCAGAGGUGCGGAAAAAGCUGCAGAUUAAGAUGGAUAAAUUACCUAAGACCAGACUUGAAGAGAGGCGCAUUUUCUAAGGAAGAAGAGAAUCUCAUCAUUGAACUCCAUGCCGUUCUCGGUAACAGGUGGUCUCAGAUUGCGGCUCAACUUCCCGGUAGAACCGACAAUGAAAUCAAGAACCUUUGGAAUUCUUGCUUGAAGAAAAAAUUAAGGCAGAGAGGAAUUGACCCGGUUACGCAUACCCCCUUAACCGAAAUCGAAUCCGGCAUGGGAGACAAGACCGAUCUCCGCUCUAGACCGAGAGACCCAGAAGCUACCAUCGCUACUCAGAGCUACCAGAUUGAGACAGAAGGUUCCUCCAGCUCCAGAAGCACAACCACUUGUAGUAACCAAAACACAGACUAUACCGGAAAUUUCGGUUUCCAGCAGUUGAGCCUCGAACCCGGUUCAGAUAAACCGAUGGCCUCGAACCACGGUAUCUGGUAUUCCCAACCCAGCAGCGAUCUGGAUGCCAACAUUGAAGCAGUUCCUAGUGCAGUGGUACUACCUUGGUCGUUUUUCCCGACCGGUUACCGGUCUUGUACCGGUACAGGUAUGAUCCCGACAUUGGAGAACUCAUUUUCCACGCCAGCAAUCACAGAGCUACAAAAUAUCUACAACGGCUCGUUCUAUGGAAACGGGAAUCUGAUGAGUUGGGGGUCGACGGAACAGCAACAAGAACAUCAAGUAGAACUGAUUCAGAACCAUUCGAAUCCGUUAUACGAUGAAAUCAAAUCAGAAACCAAUUUUUUCGGUUCAGAUGCUUCAAAUGUCGGCAUGUGGCCCCAUAACCAGCAUGCAUAUAAUGGCCGUAUUUAAGCUGCAUAAUAUUAUAUCGUAUAAUUAAGGUGUGAGAAUAAUUUUUUCGCGUUUUUUUUUCCAUUUUGUGUGGUGUAUAUAAUAUCAUUUUAAGAGCUUGUUCAAUUCCCAUGUAUUGGAUGAGGUGCGAUUUCUCUGGGUUUUAAUUAUUCGACAUUCGAGUUUU